AUGAAAUUCAGCUUAAAAAUACGGCGAUGGAAUUCGAAUUGGUGCCAAUUAGACCACAUAUAUGGAAAGCAGGGUAUUGAAAUACCUAAAAUAAAGUUAUUGGGUUCAAAACCACCGCAACUUAGAGUCGGCGUGAUACUUCGUUCUUUGAAUAAGUCUCGCGAUUUGGCGUUUCUCAGUGCACUACUGGCAGAUGUUUAUACACAGGAUAAGUACUGGAUGGACGUUUUCAUGCAAAGACAUUGCUCAUCUUUUUCCCAGAAUCUUUUGAAAUUUGGACCGCAUUUCGAUGUUCAAUCAACGGAAAGCAUUCGGACUUUUACUUUACCGUCGCCAUGGCUGAGAGAAAAUAACGUCCAAUUUUUGGAAACGACUCGCCAGAGUGUCCUGACAGACAAUUGUCAUCUUUAUUUGGAUUUGCGGUCUCAAUCGGCAGAUGCCUCCACGUUAUCCCGAUGGCCUACGUUGUAUAUUCGAGAGUCGGACUCCGAGUGUGUGUUAGAGAGAAACUGGGUCAACUCGCAAAAAGCGUUGAAUGCGGUCAAGGCGUUUAUUAAGGAUAAGCAUCAGGUCAAAGAGUACCUGAGAGACUUGGAAGAUUCGAAUUUCUUAGCGGUAAAUAAAAUGCUGGAAACUAAAUUUUCCUGCAAGGAUGAGAUCUUGCAAGAUCUGGGGAAAGUAGUAAAGGCCGAAAUUUUUGACCAGGAUAAAUCGUUACGAGAAUUUGAAACCCGUUCCGCUGAGGACAAAAAUCGUGAGGCCUUGAUAGACAGUUGGACGGUAAAUGCUCAUCGAGAAUUGCAACAAAAAUUCUUUCCAAUGAUGAAGGCGUUUCUUCGGAAACAACUUUCAGUGGGCAAAUUGUACACUUAUUCCGAGAGUAAGCUUGAAUUAAAAAUGCGAGAGACUUUAGGUCUCAUUGAGAACACCAAGAUUGAAGAAUCCAGAAACCAUCUACGAGGGUCUUUAGCAUUGGGCCAUGCGAAUCACGACGUUUUGGACGUUCAAAAAUUACAAGACAAAAUUCCGGGCUUGCACGAAAAGAUUAACAAGGCUGUUUAUGCUCAAUUUUUCCAGUUACAACUUCCCAUUGUCAUCGUUGCCACACUGGGUGUGGUUUCGGGUCAAUUCACGCUGUUUUCGAUGGGGUCAUUAGCCGGGGUUGGGCUGGCGUUGGGAGUUAAUAAAGUUAUGAGACAGUGGAAUAGGUUACUCCACAACUUGUCGACAACAAUCACCGAGGAGACAAGACAAGCUAUUGAAUUGGAAAGGAAUAGCUUGCGGGAAGAAUUACGAGCCAAGGAAUCUAAAGAAGCUCAACUGACGACUAGGAAAUUGGAACUUUUGAGUAAUCUUUAA